GCUGGCGGCCCUGCCAAGUCAGUUUGAAAAGAUCAGACAAAGGCAGCAGGAAGCCCCUCGGCUUGGCAAUGAGUGCGAGCAGAGCACAAACACGAAACGAAACCUCACUCUUUUAUCUGAUAGCGGACUGAAUUUAUUUUCUCCCGAGGUUUGUGGCAGUUUUAGACAUCUUUUGAAAAUGUACGACCGUUUGGAUCCCCGGGUCGAGCGAAGACUAUUAUCAAAGCGCCAAACGGACAGCAGCGCUGCCUGACCGCGGAUCGCUGUCGGUCUGAAUCGCGAUCAAGCGCCUUUUGGGGACAUUUUUUUGCAUUUGAAUCCUUCCUACACCGCUGAAAGGAUCACUCGGGACGGAGAGUUGUCGAUUUACACAGUUAAAUGUAAAAGUAAAAGCUUGAAGAGCUUUCUAAAAGCCUUUUUUUUUCUCCUGACGGGACUACGAGCCGCGACGGUGACCGUUGGUGGGGGUUUACCGCCGUUUGUUUUCUUGAGCGCGUUUGGAAGAUGGAGACGCACAUCUCGUGUCUCUUCCCAGAGAUUUUAGCCAUGAUUUUCAGCUACUUGGACGUGAGGGACAAAGGCAGAGUGGCCCAAGUGUGCACGGCGUGGAGGGACGCAUCAUACCACAAGUCCGUGUGGAGGGGGGUGGAAGCCAAACUGCAUCUGAGGCGAGCGAAUCCGUCCCUGUUCCCCAGCCUCCAGGCGCGGGGCAUCCGGCGCGUCCAGAUCCUCAGCCUGCGGCGCAGCCUCAGCUACGUGAUCCAGGGGAUGCCCAACAUCGAGAGCUUGAAUCUCAGCGGCUGCUAUAACUUAACGGAUAACGGCCUGGGGCACGCGUUCGUGCAGGAGAUCCCUUCCCUGAGGGUGCUCAAUCUAAGUCUUUGCAAGCAGAUCACAGACUCCAGUUUGGGCAGAAUAGCGCAGUAUCUGAAAAACUUGGAGGUGUUGGAACUGGGCGGCUGCAGUAACAUCACAAACACGGGCUUGUUGCUCAUCGCGUGGGGUUUGCACAGACUCAAAAGUCUUAAUCUGAGGAGCUGCCGGCAUGUGUCGGAUGUGGGCAUAGGGCACUUGGCUGGCAUGACCCGGAGCGCGGCGGAGGGCUGCCUCAGUCUGGAAUACCUGACCUUGCAGGAUUGCCAGAAGUUGACGGACUUGUCUCUAAAGCACAUUUCGAAAGGCCUGACCAAGCUCAAAGUGCUCAACCUGAGUUUCUGCGGGGGCAUCUCGGAUGCUGGCAUGAUCCACCUCUCUCACAUGACGAGCCUGUGGAGCCUUAAUCUGCGUUCGUGUGACAACAUCAGCGACACGGGCAUCAUGCACCUCGCCAUGGGCACGUUGAGACUCUCUGGACUCGACGUGUCGUUUUGCGACAAGAUAGGUGACCAGAGCCUGGCUUAUAUCGCGCAGGGCCUGUACCAGCUCAAGUCGCUGUCGCUGUGCUCGUGCCACAUCAGCGACGAUGGCAUCAACAGGAUGGUGCGCCAAAUGCACGAGCUGAGGACGCUGAACAUCGGCCAGUGCGUGCGGAUUACAGACAAAGGACUGGAGCUGAUCGCAGACCACUUGACGCAGCUGACCGGCAUCGAUCUGUAUGGAUGUACGAAAAUCACUAAGAGGGGACUGGAGAGGAUCACGCAGCUCCCCUGCCUUAAAGUUUUGAACCUGGGCCUUUGGCAGAUGACUGAAAGUGAAAAAGUGAGGUGAAACUUGGGGGGGUUUUGGAGGGAGGGAGAGAAGGAGGGAGGGAGAGAGGAAGGGGGAUGGGUGAAUUUCAAUAGAGCAAAGUACAUAAAAAAAGGCUUAAAAUGCUGAAUGUGAUACAUGUGCCAGUUAUUGCUAUUAACACACACACAAAAAGUUGUUUGGUUUUUUCUUAACAAAUCGCAAUAUUAAACCUCCUCCUCCUCCCAGAGUAUCGCGAUAUUUUGGCUACCUCGUUAGAUGUAUUAUAUUGUUAUUCUUAAGAAGAAUGAGAAUUUGUGCCUAGAAAAACAAUCCCCUCCCCCUUUAUCUCGUCUUUGGCUCAAGGAAAGCAAAAAGACUGAAAGAAAGGAUGGAUUCAGACUACCAUUUUUAUGUCCCUUCCUUCAGAUAGCCAACAAAAUAUCUUUCAAAACAAGUCUAUGGGUAGUUGACAUCAAAUGUCAAGCAGUUUCGCAAGCGUCCUGUGAUGUGACAGUUCACCUUAAAAUGUUGUAGAUCUUCUGUAAUGAUUAAACAAAGCUGUUUUGUGAUCUUAAAUUAAUUGAGAGACUCCAUGCAAUAUUUGUGCUUUUAAACAAAUGAUUUAUCACACCAUAGGACCAUUUAAAAUUAAGUAGUGAUUUAAAAUGAGAAAGAAAAAAAAUAGUGACCAGUCACAGAAUUUAAAAACAACAUUUUCCCUUAUACAUUGUAUAAAUGACAAGUCUAAAAUCUUCAAAAGUUCAUGGACAUGCUAGAUGUCAACUACGUACCCUUAUGCAAAAAUACUGGGUUUGUACACUUAAGCUUUUAUAUUUCCAAUCUCUUUUAGUUUUUGCUCAAUUUUGCAGGCCUGAAAGCCUUUAAUUCCUGCUUUGAAUAAGAGGUUCCCUCUGCUGAUGUAUUUAUGCUUAUGUAAGCAGAUAUUAAUUAAUGGCUGUUAUUCAGAGCGUUGUACUUCAAAUUGAAGUGAAUUUUGUCCCUAAAAAAAACAACAACCCUGUUAGCAAUUCACUUGACAACUUAUUUGCCUCUUCACAGGACUGAAACACGGCACAUCGUGUUAUAAAACAAUCUGUCUGUUUUAAAUACAAUAAUAUUCAACUUUACAUAUAAAAGACAUGGUCAAAACGAGGGUAACACGCAAAAUGCAUGUCAGGCCUAUAUAUGUACCAUGAUGUAUCGACCUGCAACAUGUAUUGAGUCCUGCUGAGAAGCUACUGUGUUCUAAUGUACUGUAAAUGUAUUUGUAAAAAGAAUCCCAAAUUAAAAUGUUUUAUAUUCUUACAGUAAAAACAUUAAAGUUGAUAUUUAUAUAAAUAAAAGAGCCACUCUGAA